AAAUCUUUACAGUUUGCUAAGAACCAACAAACAAUUCGUUACUUAAAAUAGUUUCCGCUUGAGUUUAAUUUAAUCUUACUUCUAUAACAUACUUUUAGGGCUUUUACGAUUUUCAUUUUAAGAGAAUAAAAUUUCGAAAGAAAGAGAGAGAAGCUCAUUCGUAAUCUCAACGUACUCAAUCUCAGUUCAUUCAAAUAAUUUUAAGAAAAAGUAUUUCAGUUGAUUAACUAAAGUUGAGCUUGUCUGUUCUAAUAUAAAAUGGUCUGCAUAAGGCAAACUGUGCUGCUUUUGAUAGGCAUUUUUCUUGUGUUUGUUCAAGGCAAGAAAUAUCAUUAUUAUCCACGCCCAUUAAAUAUUGAAGGGCCAACUACAACUUCAUCUCCAUUGGAAUUGGAUCAAGUGCGCUAUUCACCCGAAUUGAUAAGGGAUUUUCGUGACUUCAUUAAUCUAAUUCCACAAGUCACCAUAGAUACCGUUGUGGCCAAGCAUAUGUUUAUCGAUUCCGAUUUCCGAAAGGCCGUUUUAUUUUUGCGUAGUUCAAGCUUCAAACAAUUCCAAAGACGAGCGGAACAAACGCCUGAGGUUAUCAACAUCAUGAACUAUUUGCAUCUGAAUGAUACAACAUUGCCACGAAGAGUUCGUCGUAGUUAUGACAAUGACAUUGUGAUUUUGGUUCUAAUGCCCUCUGAACCUCAGAGAAAUUUGCAUACUUUCAUUAGCUUCGUGGAAGAACUUUUGACCCAUUUGCCACGUCAAGAAUAUGUGAAUUUGAUCAAGGACAAGUGUGAGAAAAGUGCCAUCUUUGCCAAAUUCUAUCAGGCUCUACGUAGUUCAGAAUUCAUUCCAAUGAUAGAGCAAGCCAUGGUCACACAGAAUGUGAAGAAUCUUAUCAGUACUUUGAACAGCAAUUUCAUUGAUGCUCACAGUCUGAAAAAUAUUGCUUUUGAAGUCAUCUCCUGGGGUCCAGUCAUAUGAAAUUAUCAACUGAUUAAAAUGGACAAUUUGCCAGACUUAAAUAGAUUUACCUGCAAGUUACCUCAACCAAACCUCACCCAACCAUCUGUGCCUGAAGGACUUUUGUCUAAGAAAUCAUUAUUAUCUGCACCCGAGCAAAGUAUUUUUUACUUUUGAGGUUUUUCUUUUUGUUGCGGCCAUCUUAAAGCAAUUUAAAUGUCCAGACUUGCAGUUGUUUUUGCUAAUUAAUUAUAAAUUGGUUCUUAAAGUUCAGUUUUAUGAGUUAUGUGGCUUAUAUACAUAGGUGAAUACUUAUUAAUAGAGCAGAUGUUGAACAAAUAUUUGCAAAUAUUUUAAUCUCUUAUAACUUUAUACUAUGUAGUUUUCUCAUAACCAAAAUACCAUCUAUGUAUGUUCUAUGUUUAAGUUGGUUCUUUUUAAAUAAUAAUUUAAAGUGAAUAUUGUUAACGAAUCUGUUAAAAAUAUAUGCCACUUGUUCUUAAUAUUGGUAAAUGAAUGAUGGCAAUCAAGUUUCAAAUACUUUUUGAAGCCUUGCUGCCCUUUUCCUAACUACAUAAUAAUUUCUGUUCAUUUUGAAUUUAUAUUUCAGUAUAAUAACUCAUAAUUUAAUAAAUUAAAAUCCUAAAAAUAUUACUUUGCUUAACUUCCUGUGCAAUUUGCAUUGCAUUACACAAUU